UGCCGGGGAGCGGGGGCAACGGGGCCGGCGGGCGGGUGUGCGCGGCUUGCGGCGGCUGCGAGAUCGAGGUGGACUCCGCGCGGGGGGACGCGGUGUGCACGGGCUGCGGCUCGGUGCUGGAGGACAACAUCAUCGUCUCCGAGGUCCAGUUCGUGGAGAACAGCGGCGGCGGCUCCUCGGCCGUGGGGCAGUUCGUCUCCCUCGACGCGGCAGGGAAAUCACAAACUGUUGGAGGAUUUCACGUCAACUUGGGGAAGGAAUCACGGGCGCAGACUCUGCAAAAUGGGAAACGUCAGAUUCAUCAUCUGGGAAACCAGCUCCAGCUUAAUCAGCAUUGCCUCGAUACCGCCUUCAACUUUUUCAAGAUGGCGGUGAGCAAGCACUUGACUCGGGGGCGGAAGAUGACCCAUGUAAUCGCUGCCUGUCUCUACUUGGUGUGCAGGACCGAAGGAACUCCGCACAUGCUCCUUGACCUCAGCGACCUCCUCCAGGUGAACGUCUACGUGCUAGGAAAAACGUUCCUCUUGUUGGCCAGAGAGCUCUGCAUAAACGCUCCUGCUAUAGACCCCUGCUUAUAUAUCCCUCGUUUUGCUCAUAUGUUGGAGUUUGGGGAUAAGAACCACGAGGUCUCCAUGACGGCUCUGAGGCUGCUACAGCAGAUGAAGAGGGACUGGAUGCACACAGGACGCCGGCCGUCGGGCCUCUGCGGAGCAGCUCUACUGGUUGCGGCAAGGAUGCAUGAUUUCCGGCGCACUGUUAAAGAAGUCAUCCGGGUGGUGAAAGUUGGCGAGUCUACGUUAAGGAAAAGACUUACGGAGUUUGAAGACACGCCUGCGAGUCAGCUAACAAUAGACGAAUUCAUGACAGUUGAACUGGAAGAGGAAUGCGACCCUCCUUCCUUUACUGCAGGUCAACGGAAGAUCAAGAUUCAGCAGCUUGAAAAGGAGCUGUCGAAGAAACUUGAAGAGCUGGAAGGUGAGAUAUCGAGCUACCAAGACGAAAUAGAGAUCGAAUUAGAAAACAGCCGGCCGAAAGCAAAAGGAGUAUAUGCAAAUUAUACCAAAGACGAUUGCGUGGAAGAUAACAUCUUGAGUAUAUUCGGCGAGGAGGAGGGAGAGGACGAAGAGCUGGAAGCAGCGGCCAACCACUUAAACAAGGACUUUUACAGUGAGCUCGUCGAGAAAGACAAACUGGAGGAGAAAGAAGCCGCCACUCGGCCACCAGCCCUGGAAUCCCUACUCGGCCCUCUCCCGACCGCGGCCAGUCUCGGGAUAACGGAGUCGAUAAAAGAGUGCAUAUUGACCAAGGGCCGGGACCACAACGAAAGCGCCGGAGACGGUGAAUUAGAUCUAAGUGGAAUCGACGACAGUGAAAUAGAUAUGUAUAUACUUAACGAAACGGAAGCCAAAAUAAAAGCCGAACUCUGGAUGAGGGAAAACGCAGAUUAUUUGAAAGAACAAAAGGAAAAAGAAGCGAGGAUAGCGAAGGAGAAAGAACUUGGGAUUUAUAAAGAACAUAAGCCCAAGAAGUCUGCAAAGAAACGGGAGCUGAUCCAGGCCAGCACAGCGGGCGAAGCCAUCGAAAAGAUGCUGGAACAGAAGAAGAUCUCGAGUAAAAUUAAUUACAACGUGUUAAGGGACCUCAACAGCAAAGGAGCCAGCACGCCCAAGAAGGAGGACGACAGCACCGACGACAGGGGUACCACCAAGAAGCUAUCAAGGAGGAAAUCGCUUGCCGCUCGGAACGCCGCCAACUCCAUCAACGCCGUGGGGAAAAGGUUACGACCCUUGAUUUCGACGCAGCUAGCAAAAAAGGCCGCAACUGAAGAGGCGAUCUUUCCCAACGUGCAGGCAGAGGCUCCAGAGGUUGAAAAGGCAGCCAACGUCCUGGUGGAGACCGGGCCCGUCUCUUACAACCACGAGGAGGAAGUCGAGGAAGAGGACGUUGAAGAAGAGGAGGACCAUUGCGUGAGCGCCCUUCAGUUAAUGGGAGGAAACGAUUACGGCUGUGACGUGGAGGACGAGGACGGGUAUUAACCCUUUUUUGUCUCCUGACCGACGGAAGGCGCCCCCUCCGGAAAUGCCAGCAGACCCUCUGGACUUCUACAUGGACAUUCUUUACUUUGAGACGGAUUCCGGGUUCGUAACUUGGCCCUGGGAAUUCAGGUUUAGAAUACUUGAAAAACUUUGAGACGGUGCACCGAGGAUGGGAUUAGCUAGGGCGUCAGUCCUACGGAACAAAGAAGAGCCACACAGCUGGCACAGAGGCUGACCUUAAAUCAGGGCCCAGGGCUGACCUUAAAUCAGAACACGUGGCUUUAGAGACACAGCUGAAGAAGAGGGGCAAGAUCUGCAGCCUUCGAGCCCCUGAACAGCAAGCAUAGUCCACCAUAGCAGGCCCAACCCUGGUGCCCCGUUUUGUGUUUCUCCGCUGUGAACUGCUCUCGAAACAAAAUCAGGGAUGUUUUGUGGUAUGGUGAAGGCAGUUCCCCUUAGAAAGAGGGUUCGCAAUCGAAGCGCAUUUUCAUUCUUGCAGUUUCGUGUGAAGAUUAGAACCCUCCCAGGCAGAAUCUCUGGCCUGAUAUAGGACAGCUGCGGAAUGUUGGAAUGCCAGAAGUAACGGUGGGAUUAUUUCUUUUGUACGACUGGGUGCUCGGGGAGAGCAGAGACCUCUGGGGGGAGCACAGCCACAUCAGCCUACUUGGUGCAGAGAAGUCCACAAGACCACUGAAAGAGGGUGAAGCGAGACCCUUUUCUUCACUCCCUUUUUGAUGAGUUUCAGGCCAGGAGGGAUAAACGUAGCAUCCCUCCAUUGCCUGCUGUCCAUCAUCUCAUAAGUUCCCACAUCCCCUAAAGGAGAUUGCUUGCCGGCAGUCAUACUUGAUUUUCUUUUGACGUCAGGAUGUUCUCAGUCACCUUGGCACAGCAGACUCACUUGUACUGCAAACGCAGCAUUUGAGGGUUUUUUAAAGUAUUAUUAUUUUAUAGGACAUAAGCUAUUUUGUUUUGCUUUUUUAUUUUUGGCUGGUCGUAACAUAAUGUUAUUUAAUUGGAUUGCUUUGGGUGGAGCGGGGGUCGGGGUUCAACUCUGCAGCACUUGAACAAGCUCAGCUACAGCUCUGCUAUAGGGAACCCAACGACUUAGGAACCAAAGGUUAAAAACAGACCAAUGGUCCCCCAACCCAAACUUGGCAAGACAGACCCUUCCCUGUUCUCAUUUUAAAGUCCAGAACAUUAAGUGUCAUUGUCUAUAACUCUUUUGACUUAAUCAGCACUAGGUUUUAAAUUUUUAUUUAAUUUUUGCUGAUGAGAGCAAA